AUUUUCAGCCUCAAAAUCCAACACGAAAACUCAUGAAUGUCAAAGACCUGAUUGGUGCAAAGCUGAUUGUAAAGCCAGCGUCCGUGCCGUAGUCUGGAUCUUUUCAUGUCUCGACAAAGUGACUCUUCAAUCCUAGCCAAAUAUCCUGCAAUCACACUCCUUCAUAACACUGCCACCUAUUGGUUGUUGAGCGUCGAAUAAUCCCGCCUGCCAUCAUGUCUCAGUGGCCGGAUAUCUCACUCUUUCAAUAUCAUGGCCGAGGAUGAACGCUGCGAGCAAUGUGGCUCUAGGACUUUUGAUAUAGAUGAGGAUGGUAGGACCUAUUGCGACAACGGGCACGAGCAGGCGAGGGGUCAUAUCGUUGCCGAAGAUGAUGCAGAUUUCAGCCAGAGAGGGAAAACCCUGAGAAAGAGAGAAGCUAAAGAGAAGCAAAAAUUCUCAAAAGUGCUUCGAGGCUCGAAAGCAUAUCAAUUAUAUUUGCAAUGCUGGCAGUACAUCCUGUGGAAACAAUGCCAUACCUUGGUCCACCAGGAAGGCUUGCCAGCUGAACUCUGGACAAUCGUCCGCGAUCUAUGGACAUUCUGGCUAACACAGCUUGAAGACCGUCUUCAAGCUUCGGCUGGUGCCCCCAGUGCCACGGAAAUAGAUACUGAGGGAGAGCCUGCAACGAUAUCUGGCAAUGAGACGACCACCGAUUCCGAGAGCGCAGGAGAGUCCAAACUUGGCAGAAAGCGCAAGCAGACGCAGGGGAGCCCUUCUCUCAUAGAUACGAUCGCUUUGAGCUACAUGGGCGUUCUGCUCCUGCGAAGACCAAUUGGCCUUGCCACCGUCCUAAGGUGGAUACAGCAAGAAGACAUCCCUUAUAUCCGUGCCAUCAGACACCUACCUCAGGAGAUGAAAGAUCGCCUGCCGUCCGAAUAUCACAUGUCUCUUGACACGAUACGACUCCUCGAACCGGACGACCUCCAGAUAGCGAUCUUGCGCCGGGCACAGAUGUACAACUCUUCGUAUGGGAUGAUCAUGCCUCCUCUCAACGUCAAUCUCUUCCUUCUCAAUUACGUUCGAUCAUUAGCGCUGCCGCUCGAGGUCUACGCCACGGUUCGUCGACUAAGCGAAGUCACCAAAUACGUCUUUUCUUAUCCACAUGCUGGCACAGCGGCAAACAUGCGACGCCAGGCAACUACUUUCCCUGAAGCUCAGUUGAUGUCUCUAGUGGUUAUUGCCACGAAACUCCUUUUCCCUUUCGAUUCGCAGACAGUCAGACGCUACCCGCAACACCCGAACGAUCCUAUUACACUGCGACUGGACUGGACAGCUUGGCUGAUUGCAAAAGACCAAUUCGACAAGGUUUCCGAAACCAUGACCGAACCGGAUAGUCUCAAGUCAGGCUCCGAGAUUCAUGUCACGGACAAGGACGUUUUCAACCUGUCAGAUAAGCAGCUCGAUCAAUACAUGGACUGGUUCCAACGUAGCUGGAUCAAUUCGACGUCGACACAGGCCCGGCAAUCUCAAGAAAAUGCCUUAGACAAAGAGAUUCUGGACAUGUUCCCUCUUCAUGACCUGCCAGAACCGGUCAAGACACCCGAGCAGGAUCAACAAGCGAGGGCCUUAGAACAAGAACGUUUGAAUACGCGCAUCCACGAAGUUCAGGGCACGCUCCUACCACGCAGAGCUAUCAGCCUGGAGGAAGAGGCUGAGCGAGGCAUUGACGUCCUUCGGCCCGGCGAGAAGUACCCGCGAUUCUUCCAUGUUGACGAGCUCGAUAAAACGGACAAAGUGGUCAGAAUUUUCCAUGAAGAGGCUGCGCGCGCUGCUUGUCUUAGCCUCAAGGCUCUUCUCAGAGCUGUGAACAGAUCCGAAGAGAAGAUCGAGCGCUGGCUCAGGGAUCGAAGGAGACAGGAUGUUUUCGGUGACGACACGUCGACGGAGGAGAAGGAAAUGCCAGAGACCAGUCCUCCGACUGCAUCAGGCACAUUGGCCAGGAACAUGGAAGGCGUGGCGGAGGAUGAAAUGCCAGCGACCAGUCCUCCAACUGCAUCAGGCACGUUGGCCAGGAACAUGGAAGGCUUGGAAUUAGGACAGACGCUUGAUCCCGAUACGCAAGAGGAUGUGGAUGUAAACGCAUAUAUAGACAUGGAACUGCUGCCGGAGCUGGAAAGGAGUCUAUCAGGCUUCUAGGAUAUAUGUAUGAACAGGGAAAAGGUAGCCUUGAUAUUCCCGCCCGCGCAUUUCUUUUGUACAGUUCCCGCCCUAAGGCGCUAUCAUUCAGUACCGGCCAGUCCAGUAUCUGUCUACCUAGAUCUAGGUAUUCUGCCAGGCAGAGAGGGAUGGUGGAUGCGUGUUGAUGCUACGACAGUGGAUGUAGUAAACCAACCCCCAGAAAGGACUGCAC